AUGUUCACUUCUGGUAACCUCAUAUUUAUUUCAGGCAAAUAUAUAGUUGAGAAUUCUGAACAGUAUAUUACUAUCAUAUAUGCCAGUAUUAUCAAUACUGGAAAUCCUAACUGUGAAUUUGAUAUGAGUGAUGUUCCUCUAUGCAUACCUCACUGUAUGUUUUCAGUGAUUGCUAAUCGUAAACCUAAAGAAAUUGAGGAUUAUAUUCAUUUUGGUGUGGAAAGUGUCAAGUACAACUCUGUCACUGGCACUCCUGCUGUUAAAAUGCAGAUGACGUUUUUAAAGUCUGGCCAAAUAAUCAUCAAAACAACCGAUAUCAACUAUUUGAAAACCUCAAACUUAAAUUAUAAUGCUUCUAAAAAUUCUACUUUGAUAGCUUCUAGGCCUCAUUCGAUUAUUGAUGUUAUUGCAAAUGAUAUUGAAUCUACCACUACUCAAACACCGUUUAAACAUACCAAACCCUCCACUUCAAUCAAAUCUAAUGAUAUUAGUACUUCUAAGUCGUCAGAGACCUCUGUUGAAGCUGUUGUUGUAGUUGAUUCUUCUCAUGAGAACAAAAAGUCAAGUUAUCAACCAGACUAUAUUGAUUUGGAUGCUCAAGAUAACAAAAAAGCCAAUAUAUCAGAUAUUGAAGACAAUGAUAAGAUGGAAUACUCACG